CUGCACGGGAGCUCAAAAUAUUAUAUUCAUUUAUGUGCACAUAUCUGUGGAUACUGGUGAUAUGGGUCUUGACUUAUAUAUGUUUUAAUUUACACAGGGUCACACGCGAUCCGCGCCGACGAAACUAUCUAUUGAACAUUAAUCCAGACAGUCGGUAUGACCAGAAUGUGUUACACAUAAGUCAGCGGAAGGAGCUAGACAGCACUUGUAUUCAGGAAAAGUCCCGUACACGUACUGUUGAACGGCAAUCCAUCAAGGCCAAGCCGUUACAUGUAGAAAACCUGAGAGUUUUCUUCGGAUCCAAAGCGGCGCUAAAGCAUAUAAAUUUCAUGGUCGAGUGGUACCAAAUUUUGAGCGUUUGCGGGGAAAAUGGAGCUGGCAAAACAGUGUUGAUAAAAGCAAUUCUAGGCAGCAUAAGUGUCUUUAAUAACCAGCCCAGCGAACAUGAAUACUGUAUUCAAACCGCCUAUAGUGCUCAGGUUGAUGAAAUAUUGGAUCCGCUGACGGUAUUAGAAUCUAUUGAAAUGGUGCUGACAAUUCGUGGGUUAAAAAAUGUAAAUCUGAAAAACUCGGCACUGGCUUUGUGCAGGAUCUUUGACUUAUACAAUUUUCGGUUAUUUUCGCUUACCUCAUGCAGUCUUGGUGUACUAAAGCGUUUAAGUAUUGCAAUAGCUCUAACUGGCUAUGCUGAUUUAAUCUUGCUGGACGACCCUUUUUCCCACCUGGAUAUAAUCAGCCAAAACAAUAUUCAUCAUUUGAUAGAAGCGAUAUGCAGACAAGGCUACUCAGUGGUCUACACUUGCUCUAACUUGAACUCCCAAGCCGUUCCGCGCAUUGCUACAAUUAGUAACUCAAAUAUGACCGCUAUUGGUGAGCGGCAGGAGCUGUUGGGAAUGAAUUUAACAUACUACGUCGUCGAAGCACAAAUCGAUAUUCAAAGGCUUUCAGAGCAUAAAUCACUAAAGGAGGGGCUCUACCGAAGAUCAAAAUUUAAUAGAAGUAAUCCUAAUGUUGACGGAACUGUCCAGACUUGGCCUACAGUAGUGCACCCUAAGUCUGAGAAUGAACACACAAUUCAUUUUAUGAUGUGCCGUAUAAUUGAAAAAAUAUUUCCACAUGCGAUUGUUAAGACAGCGAGUAUUCAGACGGCAUGUUUUUGGCUAUCCAAUCAUUUGUACUCUAUGUCGCAGAUAGUUAAUACGCUCGAAAAAAAUAAACACAUUUUGUACUCUUUCUCAAUUGCUCCACCAGCUGUAAGCUCCAAACACCUUCAUAUUGCUUCUUAUUCGAUUUCUGAAGACUAUGAAAUAAAAGGCUAAUUAUUUU